AAAACAAAAUGCGCAUAAUAUCGAUUACUUUUGCAAGACGAGUGUCAAUUCCUACCUCCGUAUAUACCAAGAGUUCAAUACUUUGUUCACUUUGUUAUAACCAUAAAAGAACUUAUCACUCUACACCUACACUAUUCAAUAAGGACAAUAAGGACAAAACAACAACAACACCACCUCCUUCUAAAGAAGAAAAGGAAAAAGUUGAUGAUACUACUCAACCAGAAGCCCCAAAAGCUCCCAGUAGAAUUCGUCGUCCUAAAUAUAAGAUAUGGCUAGUUAACGAAGGAAAGAAUUUUACUGAUUCUUAUGAUAGACCAAACUAUCUCGGUUCGAACAUACCUUUCCCUAUGAAUCCUUUCUUUAAACCUCAGCCCCCAUUAAGCGAUAGUACUAAAGAAGAAAUAUGGUUGAAAUUUACACAGGAAGGACAAACUCCGCGUAAAAUCGGUACUGAUUAUGGAGUUUCAUUAAAAAGAGUUGAAGCAAUUUUAAAGUUAAAAAAGUUAGAAAAGGAUAUGGGCAAGAAAGGCAUCACUUUACAAAAAAAUUUAAGCGAAAAUAUUGAAAAAAUGUUGGGUGCACGUUCUUUUUGUGCUGAGCCUUUAACGGAUACAUUACCCAAAGUUGGAGUACCAAAUUUUGAAACAGUUGACGAAAAUCAAGAUUUUUCGCCGGAGGAUGCGGCUAAAAUAUUACGUCGUCCAACUUUAGCUAAAAUACAGGAAAAAGAACAUCAGGAAGAAUUACUUAAACCCUUUAGUUUAGAAGAAAAUUCAACAAAAGAUGAACAAAUUAUGACUUUAGUUGGACGUGAUGAAAAAGAAACAAAUCAAAGAUUUCAGUUUAAAUUUAAAACUGUAGGAAAAGAACAAAACGUUAUUCUUCGAGAUCGAGAUGGUUCGUUGUACAAAAUUGAAAAAGAACUAAUAAGAUAACAAUUAAUAAAUUA